AUGAUAAUCAGGAUUUCACGCUGCUUUGGGUAUUAUUUUAAGCAUGAAUCCAAGUCUCUUUAUGAUUUAAAGCCUGAUUUCCCUCCAAUCGUCACUAACGAUCAGUUCAAAAUUGCUCAAUUCGGUGGCAGCAGCUUGUCAAAAAGAACAGGGCUGCUAGCUAUAAAGCAAGGCAUGACUUAUGAGUGGGACAAAUGGGGAAUUCGUCAUGCUCUUACUGUGCUGCUGGUCGACCACUGCCAAGUCGUUCAAAUCAAAACUAAAGGAAAUGAUGGAUACAAUGCGCUUCAAUUGGGAGUCGGAGAGAGAUCACUUCAAAAAGUAACAAAGCCUUUGAUUGGGCAUUAUAUCAAAGCUGACGUUGGGCCUAAAAAAAAGCUUGUCGAAUCCAAAGUGACUGACGAUUGUAUUCUGCCUGUUGGCUAUGAAAUCAUGGCAAAACAUUUUUUACCUGGGCAACUUGUCGAUAUUCAAGGAGUUACAAAGGGAAAAGGGUUCCAAGGAGGUAUUAAGAGAUGGCAUUUCCAUAGACAGCCAACUUCACAUGGUAAUACUAAAUCAACAAGAAAAAUUGGAUCAACUGGUAAUAGGCAAUGGCCGUCUAGAACUUUUCCGGGCAAAAAAAUGCCAGGGCAUCUAGGUAACAAGAACACGACGAUUUGGAAUUUGACAAUCUACAAAAUUGACUCAGCGAGAAAUUUGAUCUAUAUCAAAGGCUCUGUACCUGGAAAUAUUGGAGGAGUUGUGAGGAUUACCGAUGCUUUUAAGGAUAAGAAGAAGCAGUAUAGAAAAUUGCCAUUCCCAACAUUUGUUCCUGAUCCAAAUGCCAAGUAUCCUGAAGUUGAACUUAUGGAGCCGCCAAAGGAUGAUCCAAUGGAAACUUUCUAUUUGCACGAUAAUGCUUUCCCAACUAUUAAUGAAGAAGUUGAAGAGGCAGUUGCUGGUGCUGAUGCAGAUGAAAAAGAAUAA